AUGCCAAAAGUCCUCGUCACCGGUGCAAACGGCUACAUCGGCAAUGCCGUUGCCAAAGCCUUCAAUCGCGCCGGCUGGAAGACAUACGGCCUCAUCCGCCGCAUCCAAGACGCACCAGACCUCACUCAAAACGAGAUCCAUCCGAUCAUCGGCACUCCGGAAACUCUGGUUUCUUCUUCUAGCAACGGAGAGGAGGACACCUGCAUAUUCGACGUCGUCGUGUCUAAUUCCGAGGACUGGUCCGACUAUGACGCCCACUUCCAACAGGUCAAGGCCAUGUUGACGCAUAUCGGGCAGCGCACAUGGGAGUCGGCGCAUGUUCGCACCCUUGUGCUGUUUAGUAGUGGGUGUAAGGACUAUGGCAUGACGGGAAAGCAUGGCGAUGCUGAUCUGAGUCCGCAUACCGAGACAAGUCCGUUGGAUGCGUUUCCCAUUCUCCUUCCACGCACUCGGAGCGCUGCUAGUCUUCUAGACAGUAGCAAUCCUUUGCCGUUUGACGUGGUCGUGCUGCGUCCCACGAAUGUCUAUGGCUAUGGGUCCAGCUACUAUGGUCCCCUGUUUGCCUGGGCAGAAAGGGCCAAAAACGAGGGAGGAGACGUGUUGCGAGUCGCUGCCGACCCCAAAACCAUCAUGCAUUCUGCCCACAUUGACGACUGCGCACUUGCCUACGUGAAACUAGCCGAGCAUCCACGCAGAGACGAAAUCAAAGGUCAGGCAUUCAACAUUUCCAAUUCGAGAUAUGAAACAACUCGUGAUGUUUGUGAGGCCUUGGGCAAGUCUUAUGGGCUUUCCGUUGAAUACAAAGACCCCAAGCCGUUCGAAAACAUCAUCCCGGGCAUGAUCGAGGCUGUCUUGCAAUACUCACAAUGGGUCUCGUCGGACAAGAUCCGUCGGCUAACUGGAUGGGAAGAAAAGCGAGCUCAUUUCGCCAGUGGCAUUGCAGAAUAUCGAAUGGCAUACGAGGCAGCGCUGGCCGCAAACCACGAGGGUACAAAGAAGAUAUACACCAUUUUCCAGAAUCCAGAUAUCCUGCGUUGCCAGUGGAAAGAUGCAUAA